AUGGCAAACUUCAACGGGCCCCGACCGUGCAGAAGGCGACUACUGAUGCGUGUCGCUGAAGCAGUGAUGCUGUACGGCGCUGAAGUUUGGGCCGAGGUGCUGCAAAAGGAGCAAAAUCGCAAGCCCAUAGCCGCGGUACAGAGGAGGAGCGCUCUCCGAAUCGCGGGCUCCUACCGCACGGUCUCUGACCCCGCGGUGCUAGUGGUCGCGGUGGUAAUACCGAUCGAUCUACUAGCCCAGGAGAGACUAUUCGUCCACCAGCAUAGAUGUGUUCUGAGAAAGGAAGAGGCAUCAAGGCUGGCCAGGUCUACCAGCAUCGAGACCUGA